AAGAUAAAAAUGGCGGAGAAUUGAAUUAGAUUUGAUCGUAGAAAGAAUCAGAGUUUGGUAAUGGGGGUAGGUUUGUUAUUAGCGUGCCAUGGAUUGCUCACUGCUCUGGUUGUCGUCUCUUUCCUCUGCGGUCGUUGGCCUAUUUUCGAAGGCACUUUCAUUCAACGCAUUCACUUUUUCCUCACUUUCGGCGCUUACGAUUACUUCUUGUUUGCGUUUUGUCGGUGCUGUUUUUGGCUCUAAGUGUACCAAUGCUGUUCUCUCUGUUGAAUCUUAUUGCUGCGAUCGUCCCAAUCCUCUAUUACAGAUCAUAUAUCUUGUGAUAAUCAGCUUUUCAUAUUAUUUUGUUGCCAGCUCUUCCUUUACGUAUAUCCCCGGUUACUAUUUAAGUGAAACUCACAAGUACACAAGCUUCUUAGCAGUUGCUGUUGGAAUUCUGCUGUUUCUUUUCACUAGCUGUACUGAUCCCGGGGUAAUAAAGGCUGACAAUGUUUCUCAGUAUCUUGCUGCUUAUCCCUAUGAUAAUAUCAUUUUUUCAGAGAAACAAUGUUCCACUUGCAAAAUCCCAAAACCUGCUAGAUCAAAGCAUUGCAGUAUUUGUGAUCGCUGUGUUGCACGCUUUGACCAUCACUGUGGAUGGAUGAAUAAUUGCAUAGGGGAAAGAAACACCAGAUAUUUCAUGGCUUUUCUUUUAUGGCAUUUUCUUUUAUGUAUGUAUGGCACAGUUGCCGUUGGUUUAAUUCUUGCUGGAAGAUUAAAAGAAUUAAAAGUUGUCUAUAUUCUAACAGUUUAUUAUGGAAUAGACAAUUCUUUUUGGGAUUUAGUUCCUCAUGUUGUACAGUGGUUGUUGGGAUCUUACAAUACUCAGAUUCUUCUUAUAGUGUUCCUUGCAAUUAUUGGGAUGCUGUUAGCCGGAUUCUUUGGUUACCAUGCAAAGCUUUGCCUUAGCAACACUACCACUAAUGAGACCUUUAAGUGGCAAGAGUACAUGGACUGGCAAAUAAAGUUAAAAGAAGCACAGGUCAGUGCUGCUGCGCUAAGACAAAGUGUCAGUGGAAUAAACAGUGAGAAAAAACAGCCCUCGUCGAGCAGCAAAUGGAGAGCAUUCUUCCGAAGAUCACCUCUAGAAGAUGUGGUAGUUGUUAAGAAUAACGUUUACAAUAAAGGUUUCUUGCACAAUAUUCAGGAGGUUAUUUCCCCUCUUUCUACAAGACAGUCCUUUAAACGAACAAAGUUGAAAUCCAGCUGAGUAUGCUCAGAACAUGCGUUUCCUUUUAGCUAUUGAAGGUCUUGGUGGUUGGCUAGUUGCACAUAAUUUUGAAUGGGUAUGUCUCUACAGUUCUUCAGACUACCCCAUAAAUCAUUGUGAAAGCCAAAGACAUGAUAUUAAUUAUGUUGAAAGAGUCCAGGACUAGUUGUAGAUUGAAAAAUUGAUUAUUUGAUAGUUUUUGUGUCUGCGGAUGUGUUGGUUGUGCUGUACUGUUUCAUAUUAGCAAAAGUAGAAAGGUAUACACAGUGCAUUUUAUAUUUGUAACGAUGGAUCUUUCUCAUUUCAAAUAGUAAACGUCUCUCUGCCCUUGUUGUCUUUUAACACUUCUUUAAGACUUAUAUCCAUGAAAUUAAAGAUAUACCUUGAA